AGUCCUUGGCUAUUUCUCAAUAUAAAUUCUUUUUUUUUAACCACACAUUUUUGUCAAUACUGUCAAUAGACUCUAUUGUAUAAUUAUAGCCUAUAUCGGAAAUGUGCUUUUAAUGUGAACAUAAUUUAAUAUCAGAACUUUCUCAAUGACCUUAAAAAACCUUGAAAAGUGAAAACCAUUAAUGUGCAACUAUUUAAACUUGAAAAGAGCAAUUAGGUUGAUUUAGGGCCAUAAUGCUCUUUGCUUUACACUUUUCUUGCCUCAGGUUCAUGAUCUACAUCCACCCUCUAUACACACAUGUAUAUUGUUGCCAAAUCCAGUUCUUAAUUACCUCUAAUUAUCAAACAUUUGCCAAGAUACAGCAAAAUGCAAGACUGUUUAAAGCAAGUCACGCUACCUUCCGUGACCUCUAGCAGAACUGCAUGACUUUUGAGGAGCUGUAUGCUAUAAAACACACACCUAAUGUGAAAUACUGUUAUAUAUGUCUUAUGUUUGCUUCUCUCAGUUUCCCAGGCCGAUGGUGGACUGUGAAGGCCUUUCAAUGAAUGCUCAGGUGGAAACGGAGAGAGGAGAUGAGGAGAAGGAAGGUAGGCAAAGCACCUCUAUCCUCUCCCCACAGCUGAAAGCCAUGAUCCGGAUCAAGAAGAAGUACCUAAAGAGAUCUAAUUCAGUCAGGUUGAGCACUAACUCGACUGUGUCUGAUGGGAGUUUGCACCCUAAGACUCCCCAGACCAGGAAGUCCAAGCGCAGGAAGUCCCGUGUGCUGUUCCCAAAUGACGCUUUGAUAUUCAAGCCAAAGAAAGAGCGCAGCGGGGCGAAACCUUUCCUGCUGCUCUUCAGCGUGAUCGUCUUCAUCCAGGUCUACAACGCUAUUGAGAAUCUGGACGACCAUGUGUUGAAGUACGAUCUGGAGGGUUUGGAGAGGUCGCUGAACAGGGAGGUGUUUGGCCAGCCGGAGGCGCUAGAGGAGCUGAUGGAGCAUCUGAACGAUUACCUGUCCACUUACGCCCACCAGCGACCCCUCGCCCUGUCUUUGCACGGGGCGUCUGGCGUCGGGAAGAGCCACCUGGGUCGCCUGCUGGCACGCCACUUCCGCUCUGUGGUCGACGACAAGCUAGUGGUGCAUUAUUUAUCCAAACACCACUGCCCCCUACAGGACGCGGCACAGCACUGCGCCUCCAAACUAGCUCAGCGUAUAUCAGAGGUAGUGACUCGAGCCGAGGAAGAGGAGCAGAUUCCCUUCUUCAUCCUGGACGAGGUGGAACUGAUGCCGCCUCCGCUGCUGGACAUCCUGCAGACGUUUCUUCAGUCCAAUCAGACCAAUGAGUUUUUGAACGUGGUUUACGUUUUUCUCAGCAGUCUGGGGCAAAGGCAGAUCACAGCUCAUGUUCUUCAAAACACCUCCACCUCCGGGGCCCAUAAACCGCUCCAACGGGCCCUGUCUCUCAUCCAUCCUCUAUGGACGGAGCCCGCGGUCGAGCUCAUCCCUCUUUCCCUGCUGGAGCGGGAACAUGUCAUUCAAUGCUUUCUAGAGGAAAUGACCCUCGAAGGGUUUUACCCCGACCUCAGCCAUGUAGAGAGACUGGCGGAUGAACUGGCCUAUCACACUGCAGCUGGAAGACAGUACGCAAAAACUGGAUGCAGACAAGUAGUGGGAAAAGUGAACCUGCUUUGAGAGAGCUUUAGAAAAUGUGUAAUAUUCUCAUUAUUCAGCUAUUUUCAGCCAUCUUAGAAUCACAUUUCAGUGAUAUGCUACACCGAAUAUUCAGUAAGGAUGCACUAAAUUGAUGAAAAGUGACAGUGAAGAUGUUUAUAAUGUUUCAUAAUAGUUCUAUUUCAUAUAAAUGCUGUUCUUUUGAACUGUCUAUUCAUCAAAGAGUCCUGAAAAUAAAUAUCACAUUUUUCACAAAAUAUUAAUCAGUACAACUGUUUUUUGAUAAUAAAAAGAACGUGCAGCAAUGAUUUCUGAAGGAUCAUGUGACACUGAAGACUGAAGUAAUGGACAAACUUGUGAGAUUGACCCAGAAAAACUUUUGCAAUUUUUAUCACCAGUACAUUUAAAGUUUCUUUAUAGAAUUGGAUGUACAAAAUCUUGUCUUUUUUGUCUAAGUACAUAAAUGUUUGUCUUUAUUAUAUUGUUGAAUUUUUCAUCUAUACAGGUAUGUGACAUGUGAAGCUGAUAUGUAACAACAACAACUGAAGUAAUGGCUGCUGAAAAUUCAGCUUUGCGUCACAGGAAUGAAUUACAUUUUUAUUUUUAUUAUUUUCAAUUCCAGUAACAUUACACCGCAGUGAUAUUCAUGUUAAGCUGUUGUGGCACCUAAAAAUUUGUGUAAAAUAUUGCUUUUUGUGUUUUGUAUAAUUCAAUUGUAUAAUGUAUAGUUCAUUUCUUUUUAUAAAGCAUUUCUAAAAAAAAAAAAAAAAAAUUGUAAAUGAUCAGUUCAAUACAAAUACUGACAAUAUGUGUGUCAAAUUUUAACUUCCAUAUAGAAAUUCAUUCUGAUGGUCCUCAAGAUCUGAUAUUCAGAGAACGGUCAACAAUUAAUAAUGCAGUUGAUGCUUUUGAGCUGGCACUACUUUCUCAGAGGAUGAACUUCUGGUCACAUGUUACAGAGAGUUUGCUCUAGAAACAGUGUUUUACGUCACACUGAUUUCUGGCGAACUUGUGAAUCUUGUAUAAAAGUUACAUGAUUUAGCAACUUUAUCAGCUUUAUGCCACCAUGACAAUGAAGAUAAAAGAUUGCAUAUACUGUACCUUUCACACAGACCAGGUCAGUAAGUGUUUCUAUCAUAAUAAUCUAUCAUAUCAUAGUCUUUUGCUAAGUCUUGUGGAUUUUAAUGGUUAUUUCUGGAUAUACUGACAUUUUAAGUGUCUUGCAAUAUUUGUCACAUUACACCACAAAUAUUAGAACGUUUAUCGUUUGUGAAGAGAACCAUCAAAUCAUAUUUAAUCUGGCUGCUUGUUGCAGCAUUGAAAUAUUUCAAUUGUGUUUUACCGUAUAUAGAAGUAUAGGUUUCACUUUAUUUUGAUGGUCCCUUUAACACAUUCUAUUGACUAUAAGUAAUGUUGCACCUACAUUUCUACUGACUCUCAUUAGAGUGUUAGUAGUGUAUUAGUUGACUGGUAGGGUUAGGGUUAGAUUAAGUUGACACGUUCUUGCAAAGUUACUUAUAGUCAGUAGAAUAUCUGUUGGGAGACCAACACAAUAAGGAGUUGGUAGAUAUGAAGCAGACAGUCUACUAAUACUCUUAUGAGAGUUUGUUGACAUGUAGUUGCAACAUUACUUAGUGUCAACAGAAUGUUCAAAAGGGACCAUCAAAAUAAAGUGUUACCGAAGUAUAUAAAACUGCACUAACUGUCUCUGCCAUGUGUUUGUGGUGUGCGCUGCUGUUUUCGCUUGCUUGUUGUUUGGGUUUGUUUCCUCCGCUGUGAUUGGCAGGUUGAUCUUGAUUUCACCCUUGUGUGUAUAUGUGUAUGUGAGAGACAGAAGCCUGGUUACCACCACAAAUCAUUUUGGAUCCCAAUUACAAAGCCCAUACCUGCCUACAGCCCUCUGUCUGAGAAUGCUGAACAUAACAAGAUUGACUUUUAAUCACUUGGAGACACGGCCGAAAAGCGAAUGUCACGCAAUCACCACACAUGCACACGCUUUCCAUGUGAAAUACCUUCCACAUGGAGAAAAUGUCUUGAAACAUGAGUAUUUCUGACUGCACUAUUCAUUUAGAUAUUCAUGGCUUUCCACUACGCAAAAGUAUUUUUAACAGUCAUUUUAAUGCAAUUCUGACUUUUCUUGUUCCAUGUUUCACACUGUUCAUAUUAGCCUGUUUUUAAGACUAAUUUUUAGGUGUAAUUUAACAAUGGCACCACAAUUCUGUGUUGGCAUUAACCCAGGGUUAAAUUUGUGAUAAAUUAAUACAGGGUUAAAAA